AUGAUUGAAAUCCUGAUUGGAAUGGAAGCGGAAGAGGACGCCAAAGCAAACAUGGUGAACUAUUGUCGAUUGCAGUAUGAUGGUAAUGAAACCAAUUUGAAGCACAUCGAUGAAUUUAGUAAAACUUAUACUUCAAAUAAAGCCAUAUGGUGGUACACCAAACAUUGUUUUAUUUAUGAAAUAUUGAAUAAAGCCCUUCGCAUCCAAGACAUUGAUAUUCUCUAUAAUUAUCGCUUUUUCUUGACAGAUCUUCAUAACCAGAUACAAAAAUUACACUUAAAAUUUAAAGAAUCGUUAACAACAAACAAUACCAACAUUGAACAAAGCCGACUAACUCUCUAUCGUGGCCAGGGUAUAAGUGUGGAGGAACUUGAAAACAUAAACAACAAUAUUGGAGGGCUUUUAUCCUUUAAUAACUUUCUGUCAACUACUACCAAUCCAAAUGUCGCAUUGACACAUCUUCCACAACGAUCAGACGUUCCGUCUGUUCUUUUUGAAAUCAAUGCAAACUAUAGUGAAAAGACUAAACCAUUUUGUGACAUAACACACUUCACCAACUUUCCAGAAGAAAAAGAGGUUCUCUUCACUGUCGGAUGCAUAUUUCGAAUUGAAUCAAUUCAAAAUCUAGAAAAUAGAGUUUCGAAAGUAAAUUUGACAUUAACAACACAAGAAGAUGAACAGCUGAAACAGUUGACAGAAUACUUUCGAACGGAUUUCGGCGACAGGUGUGAUAUCAAUGCACUAGGCAUGCUUCUCAUACUUAUGGGCAAAUACGAUAAUGCUCAACAAUUUUUCAAAAUACUACUUCAAAAGAAUCAACUCUUAAACACUCAUAUUCCACUACACUAUCAGAAUAACUUCGCAGAUCAACAUGAAGACGGACAAUGCCAAAAACCGUUACAAUAUGAUGAGAGAGAUCUUCAGAUAACUUCACAGUCAAUUCUGCCAAGUCACACAACAGCAACGACUACGGAUCCUACUACUGGACUACGUUCCAACACAGAAGGUGGAAACAAUAACUCUGUACAAUGUUAUAAACAAGAACUAGCACUUCAACCAAACUCGUUACCACAAAAUGGUCCAUUCUUAGCAACUGCGCACAUUCAUAGUGGAUUAGUUAGCUAUUACCAAGCUCAAUAUGAAAAAGCCUCAGAUCAUUAUGAACAAGCACUAAUAAUUAUGUUGAACUCGUUGCCACCAUAUCACUCAUCAUUAGCAAACAUUUAUAAUAAUAUGGGACUUCUUUGCAAAGACAAGGCUCAAUACAAUAAGGCAUUAGAAUAUUAUGAGAAAGCACUAGAUAUUGAACACAAGUCAGAGUCAUCAGAUCCUUCAUCCUUAGCAACUAAAUAUAACAAUAUCGGAUUACUUUACAGUCAGCAAGGUGAAUACAACAAAGCAUUGGAAUAUCAUGACAAAGCACUCGAAAUUCAAAUAAACUUUCUACCGUCAAUUCAUCCAUCGUCGGCAAUCACAUACACUGAUAUCGGAUUAGUGUACAAUGCAAAAGCUGAAUACCAGAAAGCAUUAGAAUAUUAUGAACGAGGGCUCGAGAUUCAACUGAAAUCCUUACCACCAUUACAUCCAUCACUAGCAACUACAUACAGAAAUAUUGGAAUGGUUCAUAAUAACAGAGCGGAAUACAGCGAGGCUCUAGAGAACUAUGAAAAAGCACUGAAAAUUGAAUUGAACUCAUUACCACACAAUCAUCCAUCAGUAGCAACAACAUACGCCUCCAUUGGAAUAGCUCACAAAGAACAAGGUGACUACGACAAAGCUUUAGAAUAUUAUGAAAAAGGACUCGAAAUUGAACUACAAUCGUUGCCAUCACAUCAUCCCUCUUUAGCCGCUACCUAUACUAAUAUUGGAUCAGUUUACGAUAGCACAGGUGAAUAUGAUAUGGCAUUACAGUGCCAUGCAAAAGCACUGGAAAUUAUGUCGAUGUCAUUACCACCAGAUCAUCCAUCAUUAGGAGCUACAUAUAGCAAUAUUGGAUGCGUUUAUAGCAAUAAAGGUGAAUACGAAAAGGCCCUAGAACAUUAUGAAAAAGGACUCGAAAUCGAGCUCAAAUCGUUAUCAUCACAUCACCCGUCUCUAGCAACUACCUAUGCUAAUAUUGGAUCAGUUUACAAUGAGGUAGGUGAACAUGAUAACGCAUUAAAAUAUUAUGCAACAGCACUGGAAAUUAUGUUGCACUUCUUGCCUUCACAUCAUCCAUCACUAGGAGCUAUAUAUAGCAAUAUUGCAUUUGCUUACAGUAAUAAAGGAGAAUAUGAAAAGGCACUAGAACAUUAUGAAAAAGAACUCCAGAUUGAACUCAAAUCGUUACCAUCACAUCAUUUUUCCUUAGCAACUACCUAUACGAAUAUGGCAUCGGUUUUCACUCACAAAGCUGAAUAUGAAAAGGCACUAGAAUAUUAUGAAAAAGGACUCCAAAUUGAACUGCAGUCGUUGCCAUCACAUCAUUCGUCUCUAGUAACUACCUAUACAAAAAUUGGAUCAGCUUACACUCGCACAGCGGAAUACGAAAAGGCAUUAGAAUAUUAUGAAAAGGGGCUUGAAAUUCAACUGCAGUCAUUGCCAACACAUGAUCCAUCAUUAGCAGACACCUACGAUAUGAUUGGAGUAGUUUACAAGGACAAAGGUGAAUACGAUAAGGCUUUACAAUAUCACAGAAAAGCUCUUGAUAUUAAACACAAGUCGUUACCAUCACACCAUCUGUCCUUAGCAACUACCUAUGCUAAUAUGGGAUCAGUCUACACUCAGAAAGCUGAAUAUGAUAAGGCAUUAGAGAAUUAUGAAAAAGGACUAAAAAUUCAGCUGAAAUCAUUACCAGCGUUGCAUCCAUCAUUAGCAAAUGCAUACAUAAAUAUCGGAUUAGUUUUUAAUAACAAAGGAGAACAUCACGACGCAUUAGAAUACUAUGAGAAAGGACUCAAAAUUCAACUCCAAUCAUUACCAGCGCAUCAUCCUUCAAUAGCAACUACAUAUGUCAAUAUGGGAUUGGCUUACACUAGAUUAGGUGAAUACGACAAAGGACUAGAAUAUUAUGAAAAAGGAAUCGAACUUCAACUUCAGUCAUUAUCAUCACAUCAUCCAUCUUUAGCAACUACCUAUGAUAAUAUUGGAUCAGUUUAUACUCUCAAAGCGGAAUACGACAAGGCACUAGAAUAUUAUAAAAAAGGACUCCAAAUUCAACUCCAAUCAUUACCAUCACAGCAUCCAUCAUUAGCAGCUACGUACGGUAAUAUUGGGCUGGUUUACACUUACAAAGCUGAAUAUGACAUGGCACUAGAAUAUAAUGAAAAAGCACUGGAAAUUGAAUUGAAGGUGCUACCAUCACAUCAUCCAUCUUUAGCAACUACCUAUAAUAAUAUUGGAUUAGUUUAUACUCACAAAGCGGAAUACGACAAGGCACUAGAAUAUUAUAAAAAAGGACUCCAAAUUCAACUCCAAUCAUUACCAUCACAGCAUCCAUCAUUAGCAGCUACGUAUGGUAAGAUUGGACUGGUUUACACUUACAAAGCUGAAUAUGACAUGGCACUAGAAUAUAAUGAAAAAGCACUGGAAAUUGAAUUGAAGGUGUUACCAUCACAUCAUCCAUUAUUGGCGACCACAUAUGUCAAUACUGGAUUAGUUUACAAUAAACAAGGUCAAUACGAAAAAGCACUAGAACAAAACCAAAUGAACUCGAAAUUCAGCUGA